UUUCCAAAACUGCAAAACGCAGCGGUACUGGAUAACGGCUCCUGCUCCUUAAACCCCUGUCACCCUGCAACAACCUUUUCCACCGUGAACUCCCAAAAAUCUUUAGAGGGUCUCAAAAACCUAUCUUUCUUCGAAUAAAAAAUGAGACUUUAGCACAUAACCAUCAAUUAGGGCCCUGUUAAAGAUUCUCAAAAAAUGACGGCGACAAUUACAUAUCCUUCUCAUCUGUUAUCUGCCUCCUUUCAUCUCCGAACCACAACUACUAAAAAUGCUCUUCGACUUCAAUCUCCUUCCACUCAAGGACCUGAGCAGAGGUCACCACACUAUCUCAAAGCUGGUAGCAGUCAUCUGGGUGUUAAACUAAGUGGGGUCUUCCAGAAGACUAGGCUCAACAUCUCUUGUGCAAUAAACAUGGCCGCUGGACAGUCUGGUGAUCCUGAGAAGAUAAAUUUUGACCAUCUAAUGAAUAAAGCAAGAAAAAUCUGGGACCGUUCUCCUCAACCAGUCAAGAGCUUCCCCUGGAAAAGAGCAUUGGAGAACUUCAUUCAGCUCAUCCUUGACCUAUUUGUGAUGGUUGUCAAAUAUUUGUGUGUGCCUUUACUGGCGGUUUCCUCCCUUAGUGAGAUGUCAUAUUGCGCGCAUCAGAAGAAGCUGCUCCUUGUCCCAAUUCCACUACUCAUUGGCAUCAUUGUUGCCGGGGUCGUAAAGGAAACUGCCUUAGAACUAUCUCCGCUUCUCAAGGAUGCUGAAGUUCCAUGGCAUCUGAUUGUCACUGCAAUAGUCUUCACAUUGAUCAAAUUGCCAGGUCCUUAUUAUCCAUACUGGGGGCGUAUAUUUAUUCCACACUUUGCAAAUGGAGUGUUAUGGAGGACUCUGUUGUUUGCAUUUUCAUGAUGUAUGAUCCACAAAGUCAGCAGGAUCAACAAUGUGGGAGAUUUUAGUAAAGAGAUAAUUAUAAACUUGGUGUGCAAACUUUUUUAAUUACUUCUAUUAGAAUGUCCCUACGUAUAUUUUUGCUAGUGAAUAUAUGAACUUUCAAAGUUUUUCUAA